AUGGCAGCACCACCCCCGAGCCAAAAGCCCAAGGUCCAGCCAUGCCGGUACAAGACUGGAAAGACAUUGGGCGCUGGCUCGUACUCUGUUGUCAAAGAAUGUGUGCACAUUGAUACCGGUCGCUACUAUGCGGCCAAGGUAAUCAACAAGCGGCUAAUGUCCGGGCGGGAGCAUAUGGUCCGGAAUGAGAUCGCAGUAUUGAAGAAAGUGUCGAUGGGCCAUCAGAAUAUCCUCACGCUGGUCGAUUACUUCGAAACAAUGAACAACUUAUAUCUGGUCACCGAUCUUGCACUGGGAGGAGAACUCUUCGAUCGCAUCUGUCGCAAAGGCAGCUACUACGAGUCCGACGCAGCAGAUCUGAUACGCGCAGUACUCUCAGCCGUCGCAUACCUCCACGACCAUGGCAUCGUACACCGCGAUCUCAAGCCCGAGAAUCUCCUUUUCCGCACACCAGAAGACAACGCCGAUCUCCUAAUCGCCGAUUUCGGCUUGUCGAGAAUAAUGGACGAAGAACAAUUCCACGUCCUGACAACGACCUGCGGAACACCGGGGUACAUGGCACCAGAGAUCUUCAAGAAAAGCGGACACGGCAAACCAGUCGACAUCUGGGCCAUAGGCGUAAUCACCUACUUCCUCCUAUGCGGCUACACCCCCUUCGACCGAGACUCCAAUCUCGAAGAAAUGCAAGCCAUCCUCGCAGCCGACUACUCCUUCACUCCACUAGAGUACUGGCGUGGCGUCUCACAGGAAGCACGCGACUUCAUCAACCGCUGUCUAACCAUCAACCCCCAGUCCCGCAUGAUAGCUCACGAAGCCCUCCAGCAUCCAUGGGUCAACCCGCCCUACGACAAGAUCACCGUCGGCUCGGGCGAGGACCUGUUGCCGACUGUCAAGAAGAACUUCAAUGCGCGUCGCACUUUGCACCGUGCUAUCGAUACCGUGCGGGCUAUUAAUAAGCUGCGUGAGGGCGGUGGGUUUAUGAUGGAUGGGGUUAUGAGUGUUGAUCCGAAGCCGGAAAGGGUUAAUGGUGAUGAGGUCACCGAGGAGAAAACCCAUGCGCCGGUGAGGGAGGAUGAGGCUGGCGCUGGGGGCCAGGUGCAGUUUGAUAGUCGGGGUAAUGCGCGGGGGCAGACUGAGGAGCAGAUCAAGGCGCAGGAGAGGAGGGUUAAGGAGGUUGUUGCUGGUCUGUGGAAUCGGACUCCUCGUUAG